AUGGCCUCUUUGGUACCUUAGCAAGAAAGGCCACUGUGAAGGGCGUAAGGAAGAACAUUAGUCUCGAACACAUCUAACAAAACUCCAAUCCUGGUUCUUCUAUGGUAUAUUCAAUGAUCUAGUCCAAUGGGCCUAAGGAUUUACAUUUGACAAUGAGUGCCAAGUCGCCCUCUGGUGCUUUGGUUCAGCUCCCGUCAAGUUCAUCCUUGUCCACGUCUGCUUCGUCGUCCUCAUCAUCUUCCUCAUCCUCCGUGAGAAGAGGCCGGCCAUUUCGCUUGCGGUCGACCUUUCCAUCUUGUUUGAGCCGGGCUUUACUAACCAUCAAGGCCGAGUCUGCCCUCAUGAAAAAGCCCUCCAGUGGGCGUGCCCUCAAGUGUGAACUUGAGCAAAUGGAGCACGCCUUUUUAGACAUUGACGAGGAAGAUCCAUCCCAGGAUGAGUGGACCUUCAAAGCCAAAGAUAACGCUGAAGCGGUAUUGGAAAGUCUUAAUAAUCUGAGGAAGGAGGGAUCCUUUUGUGAUGUUAUUAUAAGGGCGGUUGAUAGGGAUUUUCCUAUUCAUAAAUGUGUCGUAUCCGCUGUGAGCAAUUAUUUCAAGGCCAUGUUUUCAAGCAACUUGUGUGAGUCUAACCAAGACACAGUGACCAUUAAUGGGAUUCAUCCUAAUAUUUUGGAAGAGCUCUUGGAUUAUGCUUAUACCUCGGAGGUGAAGAUUACCAAAAAUAAUGUCCAAAACCUGUUGGCCGCUUCCAACCUCUUGGAGAUUCUUCCGGUUCGAGAUGCUUGUUGCCAAUAUUUGGAUAAACAUAUGGACGAGAACAAUAGUUUGGGCAUUCAAAGCUUUGCUGAAAUGCACGCUUGUCGGGAUCUGCAACUAAAAGCUCGACUCUACUCGUUAAAGAUGUUUCCUGAGAUUGUGGCUUGUGAGGAAUUUCUCUCCGUGGGUCAAAGCCAAUUGAUUGAGCUGAUUUCGAGCGACGACUUGGAGUGUGAACGAGAAGAAGACGUUUUUCAAGCGGUUCUCAAGUGGCUGGAAUUCCAUCCGGAAUCUCGGGAGCCCGAAUUCCAUCGAGUUCUUGCUCAUGUUCGUCUUCCCCUUCUCUCACCGUAUUUCUUAUUGGACCACGUGGAUCAUUUACCGAUCAUUCAACAAAGUAAAGAGUGUCUCCGGUUAGUCGAGGAGGCCAAAAUGUUCCACAUUCUACCAGAUCGUCGAAGUCUAUGCAACCUGGACCGAACAAGACCCAGGAUAAAGUCCGGACUUAUUCAGUCGAUUGUUUGCGUUGGAGGCGAGGAUGAUAAAGUGGUUUUGAGAUCAGUGGAAUCUUGGGAUCCGUCAUCCAACUCCUGGAAACAGCUCUCUUGUCUACCAUUCGCUGUCAGUAAGCAUGGUUUGGUGGUGAGUGGUAGCAACCAAAUGUAUAUGGCUGGGGGAGAAUAUCCGGAUGGCAGCGCCUCCAAAUCACUGUGGAGAUUCGACCCAAUUUUGAAUGUGUGGCAAGAAUUAGCUCCCAUGCUCACAGCCCGCUCGGAACUCGGAUUGGUUCUGUUGGAUGGCUACAUCUACGCAGUUGGAGGUUGGGAGGGCACUUCAAGGUUAGAUUCCGUUGAACGCUAUGAAAUUGAUGCCAAUCAAUGGAACUAUGUGGCGCCAAUGAAGUUGGCCGUGACCUCGCCGGCGGUUGUUCCUCACAAUGGUUCCAUUUACGUUUGUGGUGGGGCCAUCCUUGAGGAUGGUGAUGGUAUUGACAUGGUCCAACGAUUUAAUUCUAAAGUUGGAGCAUGGGAAGAACUGACCCCAAUGCUCAUUCCAAGAAGUGGUUCUGUGGCUUGUGUGGUUAAUGGCACCAUCUACGUGUUAGGUGGCUGGCACGCUUCUACGGAGAACACAAAUAAGGUGGAAAAGUAUGAUGAGACCAAAAACUCAUGGAGUUUUGUUUGUCCAAUGCAUGAACGGCGGUAUCGCCCUGGUGUGGCUGUCUUGGAUGGCCAUAUAUACGCUAUGGGUGGGGAGGAAGGAUGGGAUAAGUACCAUGACACAGUCGAGAAAUAUUACCCGGCGAAGGAUUCUUGGGAAACUGUGGCCCACAUGCCAUCAUCGCGUUCUUGGCUGUCGUCAGCGUCUUUGAAGGUCAAAGCAGAUUGCUUGGUGGAUACUUCUUGACGUUUGUUUGUUCGCAAAGAUGAAGAACCUAAUCCAAAGUAUCUCCUACGAAUCUCAACUGUCGAUCAAAAGUAGAUAUGUAAUGCUGUGAAAUUACUACUCCAAUUGGUAAUUCGUGCUUUGCUUUGUUACUUCAAGAUACUUAGCCUUAAUUUCAGUUUGUAUGUGUCUCUCUAGUCAAGUGUUCUGUUCUGAUACAAAGUUUAAUUCAUUAACUUUCCUCUCAAGAUCUUCAUUCUCUGAAAUAAAUUGUAAUGGGGCAACCUU